AAUCAAUCCCACCUUGACAUCGAUUUCGUAAUGGAGGAAGAGCUCAAGAAACUGCAGGCGCGGGCCGCGCAGGAAUGGAAUAAACUCCGCAGUAUUGCCGCCAACCCACAGGAAUUAUUGCAGCACCCUUCGGCCCCCUUUGUCUGCAGUGCUUUCGUGCUCGGUAUUGGUGUAGGUCUGGCCAUUCCUCGUCUGAGGCAGCCGUUCCGUCGGUUCUCGACCGUGGAGGAUCUCCCCAAUAGACUUUUCCAUGAAGAAGGCAAGAUCAAAGCUGUGGCGGUGAAUUUCAGCGACGGCGACACGUUCCGAGUGCGUCAUUUACCGCUGUUCCGAGGGGCCGGGAGAUACGACGGUAAACUAUCGGACCACACACUGCAGAUCCGACUUGCGGGCAUCGAUACACCGGAGACGGCCAAGUUCGGCAACCCUGGUCAACCAUUCGGGGAUGAAGCUAAGCAGUGGCUCACUUCGACGUUGGAAAGCAGGAAGUUGACGCUCACACUGCUGCAUAAAGACCAAUAUGCUCGUGCAGUGUGUAUGGUGCAGUACGGUUGGUGGCCUUUUAGACGUGACGCAUCAGAGGAGAUCCUCAAAGUCGGACUGGGGCAAGUGUAUCGCCAGGCGGGGGCAGUGUACGGCGGUAAACAGGAAAUUUACGAGAAGCUGGAGGAGAAGGCGAAGAAGAAGAAAAAGGGGAUUUGGAGUCAAGGCAAGAAGAUGGAGAGCUCCAGUGACUACAAAGCCCGCAUGCGUGCCAGUUAGACUUCGAAGUACUAGCCUGGAGUUCUGUGCGAUGAUCCAAGCUCAAAUUUGUGCAAUUGGUGAUGCGGUUGCGCUGGAGUUGCCCAAUCGUGACAAGUUCGCUUCAUGGUUAAUUACGAAGCAGGUGAGCUACAUUUUUGCGUUGGUUUGCUGUUUUAUUUACCACUGCUGAUACCGCACUUUGCACCCAGCAGAAGGAGGCACACCUACGAGAUGGUAGUGCUUGUAAUAUUCUAUCCACUCAAUUGUUCAUAUACAACUUGUUACCAUUACAAGUUCUCGAAAACUAACAGUGACGCAGCCUUAUAGCCCAAUUGAUGAUUGAUGGGGUGGAUACAGUUGGGACAAAGCGAAAAUUCCACGUCACCUCACGUCACUCUUCUCAUUUCCUCCAGUUCUGC